AUGUCGGUUCUGUUGGAGACGUCCCUGGGAAAUGUUGUGGUUGAUUUGUAUACCGAAGAACGGCCUAGAUGCUCGCUUAACUUUCUCAAAUUGUGCAAAGUUAACUACUACAAUGGAUGCUUGUUUCACAGUGUUCAGCGAAACUUGGUUGCUCAGACGGGAGACCCCUCAGGCACCGGCCGUGGUGGUAGCUCCAUUUUUGAACAGCUUUAUGGAGAACAAGCUCGAUUUUUCGAGUGUGAAGUUUUACCCAAAAUAUACCACAAAAAACGCGGCUUAGUUUCCAUGGUCAAUAACGGCAACGGUCAACAUGGGUCACAAUUCUUUAUCACCCUCGCUGAUGAUCUAGAUUAUCUCAACAACAAACACAGCGUCUUUGGCAUUGUAGCAGAAGGUGAGGAUUUUCUGUCGAAAAUCAACGAUGCUUAUUGUGACAAGGAGUCGCGUCCCUAUCGCAAUAUUCGCAUUCAUCGAGCAAUCAUUCUGGACGAUCCAUUCACAGAUCCGGAUGGUCUUGAGGUUCCCUCCUCUUCUCCAAGACUCUUUAGAUCCUACGAGGACCCAGACAGCACGGCUCCUCCGCGGAUUGAAGAAGAUGAAGAUCUAGAUGGUGAAGCGGAUGGAAGAGAGUUGACAGAAGCUGAGCGAGUAGAACGUGAGGCGAUGAAGGAAGCACGCACAAACGCCCAGCUACUGACCCUUCUCGGUGACCUACCUGACGUGGACGCCAAACCUCCCGAAAAUGUGCUCUUCGUGUGUCGUCUCAAUCCCGUCACUCGGGGCGAAGACUUGGAAAUCAUUUUUAGUCGCUUUGGUGAAAUUCUCUCCUCGGAGGUGAUCUAUGACCGACGAUCAGGCAAUUCACUGCAGUACGCCUUCAUUGAAUUCGCUCGGAAGGAGGACUGCGAGGAGGCCUUCUUCAAAAUGGAUAACGUUGUUAUUGACGACCGACGUAUCCACGUCGAUUUCAGCCAAUCAGUGGCAAAGGAGUGGUUUCGAUACCGACGGGAGAAGCGGGAAAACGCAUUACCACUACCACCUCCUCAAACGACGACGACGACGACACAUCUCACCACUACCACCACCAAGGUUUCGUGA